CUUAUCGUGUCGAAUGUGUGCUAGCCUCGGCCCGCGCGCUGCCAGUAGGUGUUUGAACGAGUACCUGGCAGCAGGUCGACUGUCCGCGACAGACUCUCGCGACAACGCGACGCGAAACAACCGACCCGCGCACGCUUCGUCCGCGCUUCGACCCCGGUCUGUAGUCCACGACUCGGGCGGCGGGAAGAACCCUGUACCACCUUCGUGGUCGACUGCCGUCGCUGAGCAUGUCAUCCGCAUCCACGUUCAUGAUGGCGCCGUCGUGGCUGUGGCGCGCGAGUCUGCUGGUGCUGGUGGCGCUCCUGCUGGCAGACGCCGCCUCCGCCGCGCAGACUCGGCGCAGGCUGCGGCGCCCCACUACCUCCUCCAGCUCCAGGGACCAGGACACCGCCUCCAGCACCAGGUUUAAGGUGCGCAGCCGCCUCACGCCCAGCGGCUCCAGCCUGCGCAAGACCACCGCCCCCGCCGCCUCCAGCUCGGCCAAGGUCAAGGAUGACGGCUACAAGGUGGUGUGCUACUACACCAACUGGUCGCAGUACCGCCUGAAGCACGGCAAGUUCCUGCCCGAGGACAUCGAGCCAGACCUGUGCACACACGUCAUCUUCGCCUUCGGCUGGCUCAAGAAGGGCAAGAUGUCGUCGUUCGAGACCAACGACGAGACAAAGGAAGGCAAGCCGGGGCUCUACGACAGGAUCAUGGCGCUGAAGAAGGCCAACCCCAAGCUAAAGAUACUCCUCGCCAUUGGCGGCUGGUCGUUCGGCACACAGAAGUUCAAGGUGAUGUCGGCGACGCGGUACGCGCGGCAGACCUUCAUCUACAGCGCCAUCCCCUUCCUGCGGGACCGCGGCUUCGACGGCCUGGACAUGGACUGGGAGUACCCCAAGGGCGGCGACGACAAGAAGAACUUCGUGCUGCUGCUCAAAGAGCUGAGGGAGGCCUUCGAGGCCGAGGCGCAGGAGGUGAAGAAGCCGCGGCUGCUGCUGUCGGCGGCCGUGCCGGUGGGUCCCGACAACGUGCGCGGCGGCUACGACGUGCCGGCCGUCGCCAGCUACCUGGACUUCAUCAACCUGAUGGCGUACGACUUCCACGGCAAGUGGGAGCGCGAGACGGGCCACAACGCGCCGCUGUACGCGCCCUCCUCCGACUCGGAGUGGCGCAAGCAGCUCAGCGUGGACCACGCCGCCAACAUGUGGGUGAAGAUGGGCGCGCCCAAAGACAAGCUGGUCAUCGGCAUGCCCACCUACGGCCGCACCUUCACGCUGUCCAACCCCGACAACUUCAGGGUCAACGCUCCCGCCAGCGGGGGAGGCAAGGCCGGCGACUUCACCAAGGAGGGAGGAUUCCUCGCCUACUACGAGAUAUGCGAGAUGCUGAAGAACGGAGCCUCGUACAUCUGGGACGACGAGAUGAAGGUGCCGUACGCCGUGCAGGGCGACCAGUGGGUGGGCUUCGACGACGAGCGAUCCAUUCGCCACAAGAUGCGCUGGCUCAAGGAGAACGGCUUCGGCGGGGCGAUGGUGUGGACUGUGGACAUGGACGACUUCACCGGCUCCGUGUGCGGCGGCGGGGUCAAGUACCCGCUCAUCGGCGCCAUGAGGGAGGAGCUGAGGGGCAUCUCGCGCGGCAAGAACGCCAAGGACGUGGACUGGAGCAAGGUGGCCAACACCAUCGUGGUGGAGGCGAGCACCAAGCCGGCGCCCAUCAAGAUCUCCGUGAGCGAGGUGCUCAAGAGGGUGCGGCCCUCCAGCAAGACGGCGGCCUCCUCGCAGGCGCUCGUGGACCCCCGAGCGCGCCCGCCCCAGGUGUUGUGCUACAUGACCAGCUGGUCGCAGAAGAGGCCAGGAGCUGGCAAGUUCACCCCCGAGGACGUGGACUCGUCCCUCUGCACGCACGUCAUCUACGCCUUCGCCACGCUGAAGGAGCACAAGCUGGCGCCCGGAGACGACAAGGACAUAGAGAUGUACAACAGGGUGGUGGCUCUCCGCGAGAAGAACCCUAACCUUCAGGUACUUCUUGCCAUUGGCGGCUGGGCCUUUGGCUCCACCCCCUUCAAGGAGCUGACCUCGAACGUGUUCAGGAUGAACCAGUUCGUGUACGACGCCAUAGAGCUGCUCCGCGAAUACAAGUUCAACGGCCUGGAUGUGGACUGGGAGUACCCGAGGGGCGCGGACGACCGCGCGGCCUACGUGGGGCUGCUGAAGGAGCUGCGCACGGCCUUCGAGGGCGAGGCCAAGAGCUCGGGCGAGCCGCGCCUGCUGCUGACCGCCGCCGUGCCCGCCAGCUUCGAGGCCAUCGCCGCCGGGUACGACGUGCCCGAGAUCUCCAAGUACCUGGACCUCAUCAACGUGAUGACGUACGACUUCCACGGCCAAUGGGAGCGCCAGGUCGGCCACAACAGCCCCUUGUUCCCGCUGGAGAGCGCCACCAGCUACCAGAAGAAGCUCACAGUGGACUUCAGCGCGCGCGAGUGGGUGAAGCAGGGCGCGCCGCGCGAGAAGCUGAUGAUCGGCAUGCCGACGUACGGCCGCUCCUUCUCGCUCGUGGACCCCGCCAAGUUCGACAUCGGCUCCCCGGCGUCUGGCGGCGGCGCGGCGGGCCGCUACACGGGCGAGCCCGGCUUCAUGUCCUACUACGAGGUGUGUGACUUCCUGCACGGCGACAACACCACCCUCGUGUGGGACAACGAGCAGCAGGUGCCGUUCGCGUACCGCGACGACCAGUGGGUCGGCUUCGACGACGAGCGCAGCCUCAAGACCAAGAUGGCGUGGCUGAAGGAGGAGGGCUUCGGCGGCAUCAUGAUCUGGUCGGCCGACAUGGACGACUUCCGCGGCCAGUGCGGCACCGGCAAGUACCCGCUGCUGCGCGCCAUGCGGCAGGAGCUGGAGGGGUACUCCGUCAAGCUGGAGUACGACGGCCCGUACGAGAGCCACAGCCCGUCCGGCGCCUACACCACCAAGGACCCCAACGAGGUUUCCUGCGAGGAGGAGGACGGCCACAUCUCGUACCACCCCGACAAGGCAGACUGCACCAUGUACUACAUGUGCGAGGGCGAGCGCAAGCAUCACAUGCCCUGCCCCUCCAACCUCGUCUUCAACCCCAACGAGAACGUAUGCGACUGGCCGGAGAAUGUGGAAGGUUGCACGCACCACACCCAGGCUCCGCCCACAUCCAGGAGAUAGCCGGCCUUCCUCUCCUCCUAUUCCCACCCCACCAGCGUGCUCCCUCGAUCACGGGCGUAACUAAGAUAGCAUUUCGAGAGGGGAUCUUUUGGCAAUGUCUGCUUAAAAGUAAAUAACACGUGAUGGAGUUUUAUACCAAUUUUUUUUAUUUAGUUGCCUUAAAAUUAUUUUACAAAAAAUGUAUGACAAACUGCAAGAAAUACCUAAAAUAAAGUUUGGAAUGCAACUACAAAAAAAAAGUAUAUAUAUAUAUAUAUAUAUAUA